GCAAUUUUUGAAUAGUAAAGUGUGUAAAUCAUUGGAAAGAAAAGUUUAGGGAUGAAGGGAGUAUUAAAUUGUGAAGAAGAAUUCACAAUUUUUGAAUUGUAAAGAGUAUAAAUCAUUUAGGGACAGUAGUAUUAAAUUAAGAAACGCAAAGCGAACGCAGCUGUACAAAUAUUUCAUUUCUUUCAUAAAACACUUUAUAUUUUCUUUUAUGGAUGUCCCAAAAACACAUUAUAUUACGGAGUAUAUAUAUAUUUUAGUAAUUAAUAUGUUAUUUUAAAGCAUUUCUUUUGUCAAAACAAAAUGUAAUCAUGGAUUUUUUUUAUUUUUAAAUAAUUUUCUUAAAUUUUGUAAAAUUCAGCCGCAAGGUUUUAUAUGUGAUGGAGAAGUACUUAAGUGGGUCCCAUACAAAUUAUCCUGAACACUGUCCUCUGGAGAAAAACUCCACCCAUUGGCCAUUGGUACUUAUUGGUUGGUUAAUUGUUUUGAAGAAGACUGAUUGGUGAAAAAAUUUGGGACAAAUCCACUGGAGAUGUGGCUGAUGAUUUCUACCACCAUUAUAAGGAAGAUAUACAGCAGCUCAAAGAGAUUGGCAUGGACGCCUUCAGACUGUCUAUCUCAUGGACUCGGAUUUUACCAAGUGGGAAGAUCAGUGGGGGAAUUAACAAGAAAGGAGUGGAAUUCUACAACAAUGUCUUCAAUGAGAUUGUAGCACAUGGCAUGAAGCCAUUUGUAACCCUGUUCCAUUGGGACACUCCUCAAGCCCUAGAAGACGAAUAUGGCGGGUUCCUAAGCUAUAAAAUAGUGGAGGACUAUAGAGACUUCACAGACCUUUGCUUCAAGCUGUUCGGAGACCGGGUGAAAUAUUGGAUCACAUUGAACGAGCCAUUGUCCUACAGCAUGAACGCGUACGCCAAGGGCACCUUUGCCCCGGGCAGAUGCUCUCCCUAUGUGGGCAACUGCACCCACGGCAACUCCGCCACCGAGCCCUAUAUUGUGGCCCACAACUUGCUCCUCUCUCAUGCCGCCGCCGUCAGUGUUUACCGGCAAAAAUAUCAGAAAUCUCAAAAGGGACAGAUUGGAGUCACUCUAGUGACUCACUGGUUUGUGCCUAAGGUGAAGACUGCUGAAGGCCUUAAGGCUCCUUACAGAGCUCUUGACUUCUAUUUGGGAUGGUUUUUGGACCCAAUCACGAAUGGAGAGUACCCACCAACCAUGAGAGCUUUGGUAGGGAAAAGGCUUCCGAAAUUCACAGCGGAGGAGUCGAAGCUGGUGAAGGGGUCAAUGGACUUCUUGGGGAUAAACUAUUACACUACAUAUUACGCAUCUCCAAUGUUGUCUGCACCCAACACCGUCAAUCUCAGCUACACUACAGACAGCCAUCUUGACCUCACGCCUGACAAAGACGGCGUGCCACUGGGCACGCCGACACCAUUGGACUGGCUAUUCAUUUAUCCCAAAGGAAUCCGAAUGCUGAUGCUCUACAUCAAACAAAAAUACAACAACCCGCCCAUUUACAUCACCGAAAACGGUAUGGCCGAGGCCAAUAACAAAAAACUGUCGGUACAGGAAGCCCUCAAAGACGAUGUGAGGAUCAAAUACUUCGAGGGCCACCUCUGGUUCUUACAAAAAGCCGUCAAGGAGGGGGCAAACGUGAAGGGGCAUUUUGUAUGGUCAUAUCUGGAUUCCUACGAAUGGGAUGCAGGGCUCACGGUUCGGUUCGGGAUGACAUAUGUGGACUACACCACUCUCAAAAGAUACCACAAGAAAUCUGCUUACUGGUUCCAAAAGUUCCUGCUUAAAUCUCCAGCCACUUAAUCGAGAGGAAUUAUUGCCUGAGCGAUAUCUCUUUAUCUUCAUUUAUUUUACAUUUCUAAUGCUUUAUUAUUCCCUUCCAUUCUCCGCUCUUUUUCCUGGUCAUGUUUCAAAUAAUGAUAAUAAUGCACAUCUCCUUCCUCGGAAAGGGGUGUGGCAUGUACUGCGAUUUGUGCUCGUGUAAUAAGUAUUCGAUCGGUCUAGUGCUCGCCUGA